CCAAGAAACAUGAUAAUAAAUCAAAAUCACCCAAACAAGGAAACCACCACCAUCCACACGCCAUUCUCCACCAAACAUCACAUUCACAUUCCUCUCUGAAGAAAAAUAUGUUAACCCUAACAGAAAAACCCAGAAGAAGCCCCAAAAACGAACAACUAAACAGCUGCGCCAGCUCCUUCGCCGACUAUGAAGACUGCAUCGUUGGCUUCAUGGACGACCUUCAACUUGUCCACUGCGGCCACGACAAGAAGUGUUUGGGGUGCGGGGAAGAGCUAGCCCACCUGACACUAAGGGGUGUGCUGAGGGGUUCAGUGGGUGUGAUCGGAGAGAGCAGGCUGGCGAUGACUGAGAAGGUGGUGUUGUUGGGAGGUAGGGUUUGUGCUGUGAAAAGGUUUAGGCAAGUGAGCUCCGGAAGUCGUGAGUUUGGGAAGAAAAUCGAGCACUUGGCUAGGGUGAGUCAGAAGUGCGAGUAUCUUGUGCCUGUCGCUGCAUAUUUGUAUGCUAAGAGGAUCAAGUUUGUUCUCUGCGAUUAUAAACCCAUGGGAAGCCUCGCCGACUUGCUGGCCGGUGCUAGGCAGCAUGGCCACACAGCAUUGGACUGGAACCAAAGGCUCACCAUAAUUGUUCAAAUUGCACGAGGAAUUGGAUUCAUCCACGAACAAUACCCUCCAUAUGAGAAGAAGAUGCAGAUGAACGUGCAUGGGAACAUUAAGGUUUGCAAUGUCAUGGUGAAUACCGACUUCUCAGCCUGCUUGUCUGGUUACGGAUUCACCCAAUUGGCAGAGCCAGUUGAAGUUCUCAACACAAGGCAGCUGAUGAAGUCGCCUAGCUGGCAGCAAGAAAAUACCACCUACUCUGAUGAACUGAGUCAGAAGAGUGACAUUUAUAAUUUUGGGGUUAUACUGCUGGACAUAUUGGCAGGACCAAAGGGUUUGGAAAUGACAGAGGGCGUAAAGGAAAAGAAGGCAAGCAUGAAAUUAGAAGGUGGUUUGGAGUUCUUUGAGUUUUAUGUGAAGGAAGGCAAAGAGAAGAGGCAAGUGUCAAAGGUUUUGGAAAUUGCUUUGGCAUGUAUAAGUACCAAACCAGACGCUAGGCCUUCAAUAGAAGAGAUUUGUUUUAAUAUCGUGGAGAUAUUGUAAUUAGUUGUAGCGAGCUAAUUUUAAUGGUGUUACUUGUUAGUAUUUUAUAUAGUCAGUUUGCGUGUGUACAAGGGAUCGAUGCAUAAUUAUAUCCUUUGUUGAAUUGUAGUUCAAAUGGUUUGUUU